AUGGCCUCCCUCAUCGGACAGACGUUCCACUCGUUCGAAGAGGCCUACGACGCCAUCCAGCGGGCCGAGUACUCGCAUGGCUUCAUCACCAUCAAGGAGCGAGUCAACCGCCGCAACGGCGUCGUGGUGCGCGGCGAGGUGCGCUGCCGGCACAGCGGCAUCUACCGCCAGUACCACCUGAGCCGCAACAAGUACAUCACGUCGACGCGCAAGACGGACUGCCCCUUCUUCUUCAUCGUCGCCCGCCGCACCCGCAUGGCCGACUACAUCAUCUCGGCGCGCUCCAGCCAGCACAACCACGAGCCCGCCAGCAUGGAGGACCUGCAGAACAAGGUGCCCCGGCCCUUUGGCAUCCAGGACCUCUUCCAGCUGGUGGAAUCGCGCCUCCAGGCCGACGGGGCGUCGACGAGCAGCGUCGCGCGCGACAUCUGCACCGAGCGCCCCUCGGUCAACAUCACCGAGGCUGACAUCUUCUUUAUCCAACGUAAACUGCGCGAAGGCCAAUUCUAUGCGUCCACUGAGGCCUUUAUCAAUAACAAUAAGCCCAAGAAGAACUGA